UAACAAUCAAAAUGAAGACUGUUGUUAAACUGUUAGUGUUAACAUUAGUGAUUGUAGAAGUUGCAGCAGAAAGAUGCAUGUCUUCAUGGGAAGAAUAUGACUCAGAAACACAACUGUGCUGUGAUUUUGGAGUAACAUCCAAAUUCAAUGAACAUGGACAGGAGUUAGAUUGCUGUAGUGAAAAAAGAUUUAUUGUUGACACUGAGAUAUGUUGUAAAAAGGAUGUGUUCAUAAAGCUUGCAGAAGAUGGUAAAGAAUUAAGCUGUUGUGGAGCUAUCCCUUACCAAAAGUCAGAAAAAGUCUGCUGCAAUAACAUCUUGCAUGACAAAAUUAAUGGUAUCAAUAGUUGCUGUGGUUCAACACCUAUUGACCCAAAAACAACAACUUGCUGUAGGGAUAGAAAUGGUUAUAAAAAGUCACACAGCAUAGGAACUCGCAAGAAAUGUUGUGGGGUUGAAUAUUACAACAAAACAACACAUUACUGUAAACCCAGUAAGGAAGGAAUUGUCCUACCCUUAUUUAAAUCCUUAUGUAACAACACCGAGUAUGACAUUAGGAAACAGAAAUGUUGCUCCACAACGUUACAUAAUGUCAGUGAUAGUGAUGAGCAUUAUAAAUGUUGCGGCACAAAGUUGUAUAAUACAGUUCAUGAAAAAUGUUGUGAUGGAAGUUUUACCAUACCACAUGAUACUGAGUGCUGUGAAAAAGGCCAUUACCAUCCAAGUAGUCAGAAGUGUUGCAAUGGGCUCCCUAUCAACAUAACAUCAUCAACAGAGGACUGUUGUGGGAAUGGAUUGUAUGACAGUCAAUACCAAUCAUGUUGUGGGAUUGUAAUAUACAACACAUCCUCUCACCAGUGUUGUAAACCUGGAGGUGACAUUAUUGUUAAAUCUUCUGAAUACAAAUGCUGCGGAAAAGCCAGUUAUGACAGCCAUGAAGAUGUUUGCUGCACAAAACACAACUCCAAUCAUGAAACAUUUAAAAUAAUUACAAAAUCUGUUGAAUACCAUGACACAUGCUGUGUUCCUUCUGACCUUGAGAAAAGUCAGUCCUAUUCAAGUAUUACACAUAGAUGCCAGCUAGGUGGUAUUAUUAAUAAAACUGAUAUGUGCGGUAACGACCAAUAUAAUGAGACCUCAGACCUAUGCUGUGGAGGAGUUUUGGAUAAGAUGGGGUUAGAUGAAGGAAGAGAUUGCUGUGGAAUAAAAAGUUAUAACAAGACUACAAAGAUCUGUUGUGACAACACAAUUUACUUAAAAACAAACAAACAGAGCUGUCAUCAAAAUAGCAUAGAGUAUAUAGAUGAGAUCCAUCCUACACUGCCUAGGCAUACAGACUAUGGAAUAUGUUCUUACUGUUAUUUACACAGCAUCGAGAAUGUCAAACUAUUUCUGGAGUCAGCUACUAAUCUAUGUAAACAAUUUGUUCUGAAGAUUGCUAAUAUAAACACGUCAAUGGCUGGUAACACAACGACAGUGGAUGGUAUCAUACGGAAAGAUUUGAUCUCUAAGGAAACUUUUAAAAAACGAAAGUUUCAAUUCCAGGUACCUUGCACAUGUCAACUGAACACAAGACCAAUUAUCCUUCUGACAAACCUGGAUGAUUAUAGCAAUCUGUUGAGAUUAGGUGACAGUGACCUAAUUAUUCCAUGGAGUAAAAGAGCAAGCAAUUACCUGCAGAAAAGGGCAAGACAGUGUGUAAAUGACAAAAAAAAAUUUGCCUUUGACAAUGUGGCUGGGAUCAAAAUAUCUAUUGAAUUUACAAAACCUGAACUGAAAAAAAAAGGAGUCUGUUCCUACCCUACUUUUUGUACUAUUCCAAAGUCAACAGACGCAAGAAAAUAUCGGUGUAUGAAUGUUCAAAACGAAAAACCAAUGGGAGGGUGCUGCGGAGGAGUGGUAUACAACACAACAACGAAUGGGUGCUGCGGAACAAAGAUAUAUGACAGAUCGAGAGAUCAGAUAGAUUAUGAAUGUUGUGACGAUAUCGUCUAUAAGCGAUCAGAACAGACAUGUUGUGGACUUGUGCUACGGAACAACACUGAUAUUGACCAGGAAUAUAUAUGUUGUGACAACCGAUUCCAUCCGAAAAAUAAAGGAGUGUGCUGUGACAAUAUAUUUUAUAGGCAUGGUGAUAAAUAUCGUCACAGCUGCUGUGGAAAAUUGCUCAACGAAAACAACGAUAUGUGUUGUAACGGCAAACUGCAUUCCCGUUCUAAACAUCAUGGAAAGAAAUGUUGUGGUAAUGAAACGUAUAACAAAUCAACCCAUUGGUGUGACAAGCGAAGUCAUGAUAUCAUUCUACAAAUUGGACAACAAACGUGUUACGGGGAGAAAUACUUGACAAAAACCCAAAUUUGUUGCUACAGAGAAAGGAAAUUAAUAAAUAAGGCGACUGUAGAUGAUGACGAUUGUUGUGGUACAACUCCUUACAACUCAAAAGAACGUACUUGUACCAAUAACAAUCAGCUUUUUCCUAAAGGAAAUACGCCAGAGCCAAUUUCGAUUAAAAUGUGUGGAAACAAAUCCACAAAGGAAACUCUCCAGGGUUGUUGUAAUGGAACACCAUUUAAUUUGCUCAAUCAAAUUUGUUGUGGAGGAACCAUUUUGCAUAAAUCAAAGAAAUGCUGUGAUGGGAGAGUAUUGGACACUGCAAAAUAUGUGUGUUGCAAAGGAGAGACAAUAGAACAACAGGUCAAGUUACUGUCUAACCAUGAUGAUUGCUGUUUACUGAAAAAUGGUUCUCUACAGACAUACAACAGGAAAUAUUAUGAAUGUACUCUUACCUUGGGAGUUAUCCAAAAGGGAUCAAGAUGUGGACCUUCGUUGUAUAACAAACAUAGAGAUCUAUGUUGUCAGGGAAUACUAUUUAAAAAAGGUACUCUCCAGAAGAGAAAAUGCUGUGGUGUUGAAUCCUAUGAUACUCAAUGCCAGGAAUGCGGAUCCGAUGGCAUCACAGAUUUGGCUACAUGUAGAAAACAAAUCAAACUUGACGAAACACAACUUUACUGUGGAAGACAAGUAUAUAACAGAGAUACAGACUUAUGUUGUAAUGGUGAACUUUAUGUCAAUGGAAAAAACCAGAACAAAGGCUGUUGUGGAGUAAAAUCUUACUUGAAAAAGAAUAAAAAAUGCCAUGAUGGAGAAAUCAGGGAAGGGCGUGUCUGUCCGAAGUACUGUCAAAGAAGCUGGAUUCAAAACUACCAAACAUUGCAGACCUGGAACAAAAAUAAAACAAAUAUGUGUAACUAUAAAGUCUACACUAUUAGUUACUUCAAAGGAAAAACCUGGAAAACAAACAACAGGAAAAAUUCCAAAAAAGUUGUCUUUAAAAAAGACUGCAGGUGUCUUUUUAAAGGAAAGAAAGAGGCUAUAUUAGUGUCCAAGAGAAUAACUAAAGCUGGCAAGAUAAGAGAUCAAUUCUACCUUCUACCAAUUAAAAAGAAAAUCAAAAGAUUCAUAAAAAAAUUGAAAAAAGAUAUAAGAGAAAAAAACAAUAAAAACAAAAGUUGUAAGUCUAAGAAAAAAAAAGAGGAAAAAUAAAACAAAAAGGGAAUAAGGAAUAUGAAUUUGCUUUUAAACUUCUUUUUUUUGGAACCCUUUUUCCCAUCCCCCUUUUCAAAUACAUUUUAAAAUGGGAAGUUUUUUAAUUUAAUAUAUGUCAAAAUAAUGAAGAUUUCUACUGAGUUUUUUUUAGCACUAAAGGUAAUAAUUGCCACUUGAUUUUCUAUAUACAAGUUUUAAGAGCAUAAAAUAUGGCAAAGCUCUUAGUAUUUCAAACUUUUUUUGUAUUUAACUUUUUUGUGAAUAUUAUAAGAGAAAUUGUGUCAUCUGUCUCAAAUGGGGUAUCAAGUGAAUCUAUUCUUUAGCCAAUCAUUCUCAUUCAUUUAUGGUCCAAUAUCAUACAUAUCAUCAUCAUGGUCCAAUAUAAUACAUAUCACCAUUAACCAACACAUUUCAAUUUCUUGACAGACAUCAAAUUGUAAAUUUUGAGGCACUACAAAAAUUUACCAUCUUUUUCCAUAUCAAUACCAAAAUCAACAUUUUAGUUUGUUUGAAGAUAGUGUAACUUCUUUUGAUAUUUUUUAUAAGUAUAUGGAGAUAAUGAUAUAUGUAGAAGUGAUUUUCAUUCACUUAUAAAAUGGAUCAUCUAGUUUAAAAUCUUUAAAUCUAUUUUUCAACUUUUUAAUAUUCCAUGGGACUGUAAAAAACACCUCGCAGGUGGCAAAGUAUUCAAUAGUAAUAAAUACAUGUGAUCUAUAAUCAAGUACUGUAGUUCCAAGUUUAUAUACCUGAAUAAGGAAAUUUACACCAUAAAUAAAGUAGAUAUUGUGAAAUAUGCUCUAUUUUUUUAUUCAAAAUAUCAGAAGUAUUUAUGAAGUGCAUAUCAGGCCAUACUUCAUUUAAUUUUCUUGUGCAUAAAAAUACUGUCUCCAUCAUGCUACAAAUUCACUGCCAAGUCAUGUAAAAUUUACAUUGUUUAUUUAUAAAAGUAUUAUAAUAUGUGUUCAAAACAAAUCUACCUGUUUGUUAUUGUAAAAGAUUUUCUAAUGUAUAAUUAAAAUUAAUAAUAGGAAUUUUUGCAGCUGGAAAUUUUAAUCAAUUUUUCUCAACUAAAUAUAUCUGCUUGGUGCAGGUUAUUCCCUUUCUGUAUGUGCAAAUCAAUGAAAAGGUAUAAUUAUAUUUAUAAUAUUUGAGGCUCAUUUUAAUAACACUGUUAUAAUAUGAAAUAUUACAUAAAAUUGAAAUCAAUUUAAUCAGUUAUUUAUUAUCUGAUAUGAAAUGAUCCACUUAGAAAAAAAUAAAUAUAAAAGUGCAUUAGACUUCUCCAUUCUUCCUGAAUAUAAAUAAGCUGUAUUUUUUAGUAUAAUGCCUUACAUGUUGGAGGUUAUGCAAGAAAUAAAUAGGGCUUUACAUUCUAAUUUUUACAUAAUCACCAAAUUUUAUACCAUACAACAUAAUCUGUUUUGUAAAUAGAAUUCUGAUACUCAUAUAUUAAUAAUAUAAAAGGGUUUUGGCUUUUCAUGAAGCAUUCCUUAGGUAUUGGUAAUAGUAGUUUAAAAAAAUAUCAUCUACUAAUUUUGAUUUUUAAAUGACCAAAUUUAGUGUGAAAACAGAAUGACCAUUAGGACCAUUGCAAAAACUUUUGAAUACUAUUAAAUCUCCUAAAUAUCUUAAUUCUUUUUUAAAAAUAGAAUAUGGUUAAAAAAUUACUAUUUGUUUGGAGCAGACUGAUCAGUGUUAUCCAACACAAUGUUAGAAUUCUCUAAAUUUAACUUUUAAUGUUGAAAACUAAGAAAAUUCUUCCACUAGAACAUAGUGAGGUAUCUGGAGCAAUGAACUUUAACACUGUGGAUGUAAAUAUUAUAAAUUAUUCUAUGAUAUUUAUAGUUAUGUAAUUGUACAAAAUGUAUAUAGGUACAAAUGUAUAUAGGUACAAAUGUGUAUAUGUACAAAUGCAUGUAUGUAUGAGUUUGACUGAAUUAUUUUUUGUAUAAUUUAUAUGAUAUUAAACUAAAUUAUAUUGUU